UUACUCUCCUUCCUCCUCCCACACUUGCUCAUUCGGUCCUCUUCCUUGAUUAUUCCAACAAAAGAUAUCGUCACAAAUUCAGAAUCAUAUAAUGAAUCCUCAUGAAGAAGCAAAGGGAGGAAAGAAAGAUGACGAAGAUGCUGGUAUAGAUGUAGUUGUAGUAGAACUUUCAGGAGGAUCGGACCCGAAGCUUCUGAAGAAAUCAGCUGGAAGAGAAAAGUGUUGCAUCUUUAAAAUCCCUGAAAGACUCGAAGAAAACAACAAGAAGGCUUAUGAACCGAGGGUUGUCUCAUUUGGCCCAUACCAUCAUGGAAAAUCGCAUCUCAAAAUGAUUGAAGAGCACAAACAUCGUUUCCUCGGUUUUUUCAUGGCUGAAGCUAAGAAAAAGGGUGUGGAUUCAAAAGAUCUUAUCGAAGCAGUUUCAAAGUUGGAGGGAGAUAUUAGAGAAUCGUAUUCCGAGAACCUUUAUAACGAUGAUGAUCUGUUAGGUCGGAAGAACUUGAUUGAAAUGAUGGUUCUUGACGGUUGCUUCAUUCUAAUGUUGUUCCUAGCGGUAGCCGGAAAAGUUAGGUACUAUGAGAUUGAGAAUGAUCCUAUUUUUGUAAUGCCAUGGAUUUUACCGGCUGUAAGGAGUGACCUACUACUUUUGGAGAAUCAGGUUCCUUACUUUCUUCUUCAAACUAUAUUCGAAAGAUCAAAGAUAGAAUCCUCGAGUGGGCUAAAUACGUUUACAUAUCAUUUUUUCAACUACUCGUUCCAAAAGCCAAAAGAGUUUUGGUUAAAACACCAAAAACUUGAGGCAAAUCAUCUUCUUGAUUUGAUUCGAAAGAUUUUUAUGCCUGAUAUUACUAAAGAAGAAAAACAGGGAAAACAUUUUCUUGAUCUGAUUCGGAAGUUUUGUAUUCUUGGAGAAGAAAAAAAAGAAUUGGAUGCCAUGCUCAAAAAAGGGAAACAAGAAUUGCAGUCCGUGCUCGAAAAAGGAAAACAAGAGAUGGAUUCCAUACUCAAAAAAGGAAAAGAAGAAAUGGAUUCCAUGCUCAAAAAAGCAAACCAAGAAUCCAUGCUCGAAAAAGAAAAACAAGAGUUGGAUUCCAUGCUCGAAGAAGGAAAACAAAUAUCAGAUUCGCUAGAAGAAGAAGAUCCUCCAGGCCGUCCUCAUCUGAAAAUGAUUCUUUCAGCAAGAAAACUUCAGUUGAAGGGGAUGAUAAAGUUCAAACCGAGGAACAAUGCUGAAACACUAUUGGACAUAAGGCUUAAGGGAAAAUACCUCGAGAUACCAGUGUUGAUCUUGGAUGAUUUUCUCAUUUCCGUCUUCCUUAAUUGUGUUUCCUUCGAGCAGUUUUAUGUUUAUUGUAAGAAGCACAUAACGAGCUAUGUAGCUUUCAUGGGAUGUCUUCUCAAAAGCGAGGCUGAUGCUAUGUUUCUAAGCGAAGUAGGGAUUCUUGAGAACUAUUUCGGGUCAGGGGAUGAAGUCUCUCGAUUCUUUAAGGUUGUCGGUAAAGAUGUUAACUUUGACAUCGGUGAAAGUUACUUAGCUGAUGUUUUCGAAGGAGUUAAUAAGUAUACUUCACGAGGAUGGCAUGUUCAAUGGGCAGGAUUCAAGCAUACCCAUUUUGAUAGUCCUUGGACUGCUCUUUCAUCUUGCGCUGCUUUGACGCUUGUCCUUCUCACGAUAAUUCAAGCUUUCUUUGCAACGUAUGGCUAUUUUCAUCCUCCCAAGUGAAUGAUGAGGUCUAAACUACCGGUAGAGACCCCAUGAACAAAACUAUUGCUUGGAAUAGUUGUU